AUGGCUACAGAAGUCAAGCGAGUACCCAUUCCCCGACGGGGUGUAGAUUACCGUGGCAAGGUUGUCCUUGCGCCCAUGGUUCGCUCAGGAGAGCUUCCAUCAAGACUUUUGGCUCUCAAGUAUGGCGCGGAUCUUGUCUGGGGUCCUGAAACUGUGGAUUACUCUAUGAUUGGAACUUCUCGUCGAUUUGAUGAAGACUCAAGAACGAUAGAGUGGUAUCGUCUCUCAUCCCAUGGCCAGAAGGACCCUCCUCCGGAUGCCAAGGAGAGCAUUAUCUACAGAAUGCUGCCAGAGGUUGAAAAAGACAAGCUUAUCUUCCAAAUCGGUACAUCGGAUCCCGAUCGUGCAGUAGCAGCCGCUAGGCUGGUGGCCGCAGAUGUUGCCGGCAUCGAUGUCAACGCUGGUUGCCCAAAGCCCUUCAGCACUAGCGGAGGGAUGGGUGCCGCCCUUCUCAAGACUCCAGAUAAACUAUGCGCUAUUCUUGAAGCUCUCGUUAAGAAUAUUACCCCUGAAUUUGAGAUUGGAAUCAGCGUUAAGAUCCGACUCCUCGACACCGCAGCGGAAACAGAGGCACUCGUUCGCCGUCUUUGUGCGACAGGCAUUACAGGACUAACUAUCCAUUGCCGGACGACACCUAUGAGACCCAGAGAGCGGGCUAUUAGAGGGCAGCUACGUAUGGUUGCAGAAGUCUGCCAUGAGUAUGGUGUUGCCUGCUUGAUGAAUGGCGACGUUGAGAAUAGGGACCAAGGUCUCCAGCUCGCCAAAGAGUUCGGUGCGGACGGUGCGAUGAUUGCAGUCGCGGCUGAAAAGAACCCAAGCUGCUUCAGGAGUGUAGCAGAUGGCGGGCUGGCAUCCUGGGAAGAAGUUGUCGAUCAUUAUGUGAAGACUGCGAUCGAUGUUGACAACCGGUUCGGCAACACCAAGUUCCUGCUCUCAAACAUGGUCCCUGGAAAGUCAAAAUCUUACCAACCAAUGAACCAGUCCAAGAAUUAUAAGAGCCUCUGCGAGGCGCUGUCCCUUGGAAAACACCUCGAGUCCGCUCGCAUUAUAGAUAGCAAGCGAGGGCUGGAUCAGCCUCUGCAGGGGAAAGCUGCCGAGAAGGCCGCAAAGAAGGCUGCAAAGAGGGCCAAUGCACAGGCUGAUUCACUGCCAGGGAAGUCAGAAAGAGAAAACGAACAGAAGCGCAAGCGGAGAAUGUCUGAUAACAGACCCUUGAAGCAGGUGAAGACAUCUGAACCCGCACCAGUUGCAACGGCUGUUUAG